UAGUUAAAUUGUUUCCCCUUAGAUUGUCAUUGAUGGGUCACUAAAUGAAUUAGUCAACAAUUUAAUCAUUUGCUUAAUUUUUUCUCACUUUGUAAUAAAACAGUCAUUUGAAUGUUACAGUAAUUAUUUUUCAUUUUCAAAUCACAAUCAAAGUCAAAUUGUCAUUCUUUUUAAUUGUUGUGCCAUUUCAUCGUAAUCAAUUAAUCACAAAUGACGAAGAAAAAAUUCAACAAGAAAAUAAGUUAUUCUUAUUUGCCCUUCCAUCAAAGAUUGAAAUUGUGUCUUCUCAACAAUUGGAUCUUCGUUCUGAUCGUUAGUAAUAUGCUCAUUUUCCUUUGGUUGAUGAUGGCCUCAAGUCCAACUUUUCGUCACAAUCGAGAUGCCGUCGCCAUCGAAUCUCAUGAUGACCUGCGUCUUUCGAAAGAUUGUUUUUUGCCCUAUUGGCGCGACACUUCGUUCUUGUUGACACGUCGAUGUUUACAUGUGGAAUUUUCUGACGAAACGUUUAAUUUGGAAGACGAAAUUAUUCGGUUGAAAUCGUGUCAAGAAAAAGAAUCGGCUGAUUUAUGGGAACCACCGAAUAGAUUUUUCUAUUUUAUUCCAAUCAACAUUCUAUCCAUACCCAAUAAACGAAUAGUCUCUUUCUCUCUAUUCGGAAUCGACGAUCGAUAUUAUCGAAAUACUAUCAGAAUAAUCCGAAGAUAUAAAGAACUUCUCCCUGGUUGGAUUCCCCGUUUUUGGAUCUCAUCUGAUGUUCCCUUCUUAGUGAUUAACCGAUUGCUUCAUGAGGACGUCGAAGUGAUCAUCGUUUAUCAGCGUCAACCUGAGAUCGGUAAUAUCACAAGAAUUCCAGGAUUCCAUGGGAUGUUCUGGCGUUUUUUUGUGGCCGAUGAUGAACAUGUUGAAAGGUAUAUUGUUCGUGACUCUGAUUCCAUGUUAAUCCAACGUGAGGUCGACGCAGUUAAGGAAUGGAUUAAAGAUGAAACCAUGUUUCAUGUUAUGAGAGAUCACAAGCUACACGAUAUUGAGAUUUUAGGUGGUAUGUGGGGUGGAAAGGUUGAUAAGGCCAUUUUUUCUCCGUCCGAAGAAUAUGGAAAAGCUUUGGCGACAGGAUUCAUCCAUUUGGAUGGUAGACAAGUUGAUCAAUCGUUUCUAAAGAAAUACCUUUGGCCGAUUGCGAGACACCAAAUGACCUGUCACAGCUCAUUCGAGUGGCCGUUCGUUGAUGGAAAAGGAUGCAAACGAUUUCCAACUCAACGCAUUGGAAAUUCCUUUGUUGGAGCCGUGAUAGAAUAUUAGAAUAUAAAAAGUUCUGGUCGUUUCACACGAAAAAGAAUAGAAAACAAAAUAACAGGGAAAAGAAGACAAAUCAAACAAAUCAAUAGAUAAAUAAGAAAACAGAAAAUGAGAUCAAGUGUUUGUUUUGAUUUCUAUUCUUAUUGUCAACUCAUCUUCAUUUCUAAUUUGAAUUGUUCAAAUUAUUGAUCCAUUUUUUUCUUAAUCCUUAAAGUUUUUAAUUGAUUUGAUUCCAUACCGAGUGGGCUAAGUGUUGGUUAACUUGUUGGGUAACUUUGUACACCCACGAAUCUCAUCUUCUUGGUUCACCUUAUAAGGAAUUCAUUUAUUAUUUCAUUCACUUACUUUUCUUUUAUUGUGUAUCUUUAACUAUCAUGGAAUCGUCUUGGUGUUUUCAGUACUGAGACUGUUGUCCCAUCGUUUUAAUAUUAAUUAUCGAUACAAUUGUUACUCUCAUUGUUUAAUUUCAAGAUUUCCCAUCGUUUUCAACUGUUUCAAAGUGUUUGUAUUGAGAAAUCGGUAAUCAUGAGCUACCAUAAAGGUCAAAAUGUCAACAAUAUUCUGAUUAUAUUUCUUGUUACCUUUUCGAUUUCGGUUGAUUAUUGUCAAUGUUCACCUUAUCGAGUUCGAGCUAAUAAUCGACUCGAAUGCCGUGAUAAAGUACCAAGAAAACUGUCUGAUUUACCGAGUGUCGUGUUAACUGGUUACAUUGAGCAAAUUUAUCCUUCAAUUGACAGCGGCGGAACUUACACUGGAUCUGUUUUGGUGAAACGGGUACUUCGAGGUCCAUCGAGAUACCAGGGAAAUCGAGUGACAAUCGAUGGUUUUGGUGAUCGUACUUUUUGCUAUUCUAGAGGAGAACCAACUGAAUCUUGGAUUUUUCAAUUGACUCAAAUAUCUGAAGGUUAUUUUCGCCUAAAUGGAACAAUGUUAAAGCUUAAUCUCGAUAAUUUAGACCGAAUGAAUGUUCUAGUUGAAGAUCAAAUUUAUCGAAAGAGACCCGAGAUAAUUGAAUUGCCUUGCGAAAAGAAAUAUUGCGAAAAUAACGCCAUUUGCAUUGAAGAACCAGGAACAAUUGCUCGAACUCGAUGUGUCUGUUUGGACUCGUGUCCAUCCAAAUAUGAGCCAGUCUGUGGUUCUAACGGAGAAACUUUUGUAAACGAGUGUAAACUCCGAAUGGACUCUUGUCGAAGAGGAAUCAACUUGUUUGUCCGAUAUCCAAGUGCCUGUGACUCAAGACGAACCGCUCGAUCAGCCGAAGACAAUUACAAACCAUUGACUGAAAUCACUCACGAAUUGGACGCAAUGAUCAGGGACAAGAAUCUAUUCCAAUGAAACAAAAAACACUAUUUACAACUACUAUUGAUUGUGGUGGAAAAAAUUAAAACAACUAACCGAUUGUAUAUUGAAUUUAAUGACAAUUUGUAUUCCCUUAGAUACAAAAUUUAAUCACUCAAAAUAUUGUGUAAAUUAUGAUAAUAAAGACAAAGCACAAUUUGUAAGUAAAAACACAAA